UAUGGCAGCCUCCUUGCAACGAAUAUUUUGUUCCAGAUCUUCUGCCUUUCAGAAGAACUUCAUCAGGAAUUACGCGAAAAUUGGCAUGGCUGGCCUGCCAAGUUUCGUGAAGAUCGUUGAAGUGGGGCCUCGUGAUGGUCUGCAAAAUGAAAAGGACAUGGUUCCCACAGACGUGAAGAUUCAGUUCGUCAACAAACUGUCAGCGGCCAACUUACCCGUCAUUGAAGUGACGAGCUUCGUUUCGCCAAAAUGGGUUCCACAGAUGGCCGACCACGAUGCUGUGAUGCAGGGAAUCGAUCGACAUCCUGACAUCACAUACUCGGUUCUCACGCCAAACCUUAAGGGUUUUCAUGCUGCCAUGGCAAACCGAGCGGAUGAAGUGGCUAUUUUUGGAGCCGCCUCUGAGAGUUUCAGCAAGAAGAAUAUCAACUGUUCCAUUGAGGAAAGCUUGAAGAGGUUCGAGGAAGUUACAAAAGCAGCCCGCGAGGCCAACAUUCCAGUUAGAGGGUAUGUGUCGUGUGUGUUGGGUUGUCCAUACGAAAAUGACGUCUCACCGGAAAGAGUUGCUGAGGUGGCAGAAGGACUGAUAGCGUUGGGCUGUUAUGAAGUGUCGCUGGGGGAUACGAUCGGGGUUGGAACGCCAGGUGGCAUGAAGGACCUGAUUGCCACGGUAACGCGCAAGAUCCCGGUUGAGAAGGUGGCGGUCCACUGUCAUGACACGUACGGACAAGCUCUGGCGAAUAUACUGGCCGCACUACAGAUGGGCGUGUCGGUAGUUGACAGCUCGGUGGCUGGUCUUGGAGGGUGUCCGUAUGCACGGGCGGCGAGUGGGAACGUGUCGACGGAGGACGUUGUGUAUCUGAUGAACGGACUCGCAAUCAACACGGGCGUGAACAUUCAGCGGUUAAUGGAAGCCGGCCAGUUCAUAUCACACGCUCUAGGGAGGAAAACAGGCUCGAAAGUCGCACAAGCAACGCAAUCGAGUUUAUGAUGAGAGAAACGUUUAGGAUAUGUUAUCAUUGAUGUACAGACUUGGCUGCAUUUUGUGAUGUCUGAUCAUUCAGUAUGGUCACGUUUAUCUGUUAAUGUUUCAUAUUCAGAUUUGACAUAGCUAUGCAGUGUUCUAUCUAGAUAUUUACAAGUGGUGGAAAUAAUGAAAAUGUUUUCUUUACAAAAAGAAAGUGUGAAAUUGAUCAUUAUAUGACAAUGGGGAGAGGGGGAUGUAGCAUAGUGGUAGAGCGCUCGCAUGAUGCACGGUCAGUCUGGGAUCGACCCCCCAUUGGUGGAUCCAAUGGGCUAUUUCUCAUUCCAGCCAGUGCACUAUGACUUGUAUAUCAAAGGCUG